AUGGCGAAGCCAACUGAGCCGCCGGGCGACGUGGCACCGCCAGAGCCGCCGCGAUCCUCGCGCGUUUCGAAGCGUGAAGGGUCGCCACGGCGGUUCUUCGCGUCCAGCGACAAGGAGUUGGAUGAGAUCUCUGAAGGAGACGUGAAUGUAACUCAUUUGAAAAGUGAUGAAAAAGAGGUGAACGUCGUCGAAAGUUAUUUUCCAGGCACGACUGACAUGAACCUGGAGAAACGCAGGACCAUGAUGAGUGAAAGAUCCGAUCGCUUUUCCUACCUCUCCGUGCAGAGAAGUGAAAUUUCGCGUCCCGAGUACAAACAGAAUGCGCUACCGCCCCUACUCGUGGUCUUCGCGUGUUUUGUGGCAGCGUUCUUGGGACUAGUUGUCGCCGGCUUGCACGACAUGAUCACGUACGUAGGGUGUCCUUUGGGCAUCAACGGAUGCAACUCUUUUUCAGGCAAAGGCUAUGAGAAGAAAGGAUAUCUUCUGUUGAAGGCGUUGGACGAUGUGCCUCCCGAUGUGAUCUUCAUCGUGAUGGCCUUUGUGUGUCUUCUGCUAAUUGGAAUCAUCGCGGAUACGGUACGGGAGAACUACGCGAAACAAAUCUUGGGUGGUGGGACCGUGCAAUCGCUCUUGGCUGUGGCUGCUGGUGUGCCCAUCCCUUUCAAAUGUGCUCUGCUCCGCGUCUUCGUCACGGCGUUGUACUUCCUGGGCGGCGGCACGCAGGGAGGCGAUGGGCCCACCAUCCAAGUCUGCACCUCAUUGGCAUGCAUGAUUGGUUGGACCUGUGGCAUCCGAGCGCCCAGAACGCAAUCUCUCCUGGCCUCGCUGGGUUUCUGUUGCGGCUUUGCGGCCUCCUUCAACGCACCGUUGUCGGGCAUUUUGUUCGCCAUCGAAGAGCUGUCACACGUGUCCUCACGCCUUACCACGCGGGUGAUUUGCGUCAUCCUAAUCGGCUCGAUUGUUUCCACUGCGGUGAUGCGUGGAUUUCUCUCGAACAAGACCCUGUUCAAGGCGACCCAUUCCACCGACUUGGAAUCCAUGGUUGCCGGAGGAUCAGUUCAUGAACUUUUGGGGCAAAAUAUGUGGAUGCUGAUCUCCGUCUGUAUAGGUUUCAUCUCGGCUUUGGUGGGCUUCGUCUUCAGCCGGGUCUUUCAUUAUGUCCAUAAGUUCAUGAAUUGGAUCCCUUUGCCCCGCUGGCUCCUCUUUGGCAUCGUUGGAGGCUUGGUCGCCUGUAUCGGAUCGGCCGUAUACCAUGCCACAGGACUGCGAGGAGUAUGGGGUAUUGGUGUCAACUCCCUGAAACUCGCGCUGGAACAAGACUUCCAAGGCCACGCGGGGUACCUCCUGAUCUUCGCCCUGGGAAAGCUGGCGGCCUUCGCUUUGAGCGUCUCCUUGCGCUUCCCCGGUGAUACCUUGGAGCCGGUGCUCAUUGCGGGGGCCUUUCUGGGCGGAGCCAUUGGGAAGCACCUCCCCAUCGAUGUGGUUGGCGAAUCGAACUCUCCAUGUGUGAUCUUCGGUAUGGUCGGACUCUUCGCGAGUUGCUUCCGCUUUCCGCUGACGCCGGUGGUGAUCGUCCUCGAACUUACGGGAACGCGCACCUACAACAUCAUCCUCCCCGUUGCUUUGUCCUCUUUCACGGCCUUGUCCGUCUCCAACCAUUUGUUUCCACCGAUCUUGGAGCAGAUUUUGCACCAGGAUGACAUCGACCUGGAAGCAGUGGCAGAACUGGCGGAGAUUGCGGAGGAAGAAGAGGAGUUGAUGACACAAUUUCAGAUGCAGCGAAAUACUUCUGUGCAAUCGCUGAACAUGAGCGAAGCCAGUGGAAUUUCGGUGGCUUCCAAGGGGCCUUUGGGUGGUUUGGUGAAUCGACUCGAAGAUUCAAUGAUGGAUGUGUCGUCGCGGCGGCGGCGGAUGUCCCUGAUGAGUAAACUCAGUAUGACAUCCUCGAGAUCAGGACGCAACGGCGGCCGUGGAAUCCGACGUUUGUCCAUGAAUUCGCGCAUGUCCUUAGCUUCCAGACCAUCUGCAACAGGCACGGGAAGUCGGAGCCCAACGACCCCGACGCACCCAGAGAGUCCAAAGGCCAAAAAGCGACCGCAACAGGACUCCCCUGAGCAUUCCGGAGCGGCGGUCGGAACGCCGGUUUCCGCGGUGUCGCCGUCGCGCUGGUCCGUGCAGACGGCGCUGGGCCCGCUGGAUGAACCAGAGUCGGGAGAUGAGAUUCCACAGGAUCGCCCUGGCAUUGCCAGGGAAAACGAAGAAAUUGAGGAGGUUGAGGCUGAGACAGCAGCGGUCUGUUGUGAUGCCUUUCCCAUGUGAGAUCGCUGGAGAACUCGGCGAUUUGGUAAUUCAUGGGCUGGAUCAUCCCAAUUGCCAAUAAUAACAUCCCCAUGACUCCCAUUGGUAAUGCCCAGCCUAGUUGGUGUC